AAUUCAGCUACCACAGUGCUGGCUCGUUCAAACGGUUUGGAUUCGCUAGCCUCCCGUCAAUUAGAGUAAACGUAACGGUAAACGGAGCUCGCAACAACGCAAAGCAAAUAUAAUUCUUAUACAGGAUACCACCAAAUAACGAAUAUACAUAUGUACAUGUGCAUACACAUAGAUUUUCAUUUUGCAAAAACGGUGUUUCUAAAAUAUUACUAAUAACACACGAGUGCGUCGCGAAGUGAUGAGGUAUAAAGAACGUGACAUACUAUGCGCUUAACGGAAUAUCUUAAUUGAUAAAGGCGUAAAUGUCAACCAGCAUGAGAAAGCAUUGGAAAACUAUCGAACACUAUAUUUCAGUGUAAUUACAGGCAAUACAGUUAACGAAGAGUGAUUUUUUUUAUUAAAAAAAGGUGGAAUUGACAGGGGGCAAUUUAAGAAAGUUGGAAGAAAGCACACGAGCAGUGAAACAGUAAAAUGGCUAAGUCUAAAAAUAAUAACCUGCUAAUUCACGGACUCAUUUUGGUGACUAUUUUGGCAACUGCCAAAAGUGCCGAGGCGGAAAUUACAAUGGAGGCAGCAUUUCAAGGCCACUGUGGUCACACGAGUCCAUGCGAACAAUUGUGCUAUGAAAUUCACGAUGGAAUGUACGAGUGCGAUUGCAUUGAAGGUUACGAGCUGAACAAGAACGGUUACAGUUGUCAAGUAAUCAACUCCACGAACAGUGCGGAUGGUCGUUCCAAAUCCGACGAGGAUGUACUUUAUCAAAAGGGCGCCUCAUUUAGCGCCAAGCUCGGCUAUGCGCCAUCAACAUCAUCAAUGGCAGGUGACACAGCGAAUGGAGUGGAGGCUUCUGCGCCCAUCUCGUCGGCAUCAUUCUCGAUGGAGGAUGUCGAGGGUGUAGAGGACGAUAAUUUUUUCUACGACGAUACGAAACGCAACGACCAGCGUACAAAGGUCAAUUCAAACGAUUAUUACAUAUCAUCUGAAGACGUCUACUUCAGUAAUGGCGAUGAACAAGAGUUAACUAAUACUAGCCAAGAUGUACCUGAGUUGAAAACUAAACUGACAGAGCCGACAACGACACGGGGCGCAAUCAAUUCCCGCCGCGUUGUAGUAACUGCCACAACUGACGAUCCCCUAGAAGUGUCAGCAAAUAAGAAAUCCAUACGUAUCCAUUUGAAAGCGGAAACCAAACCUACAGCAAUUAAUACUGGGUCGCAUAAGACAAGGACUUUAGCUCGCAAUCAAAAGAGCACCACAUCGUCAGCAUCAACAACAACUACCACACAAGCAAUUAAUCAUAAUGAUAAUAAGAAAAAUAAGCUAAUGAAUCAAGACAGCAAUGACAUAGAUAUGGAUGAGCCGAGUUUUAGUGGUGUCGCCGCCAAGCAGCCCCACCUGCGCACAACCAGUCAAAGUCAAAGUACAUAUCAGGAUCGAAAUACUGCAGAAGCAGUAGAUCUCUACAAUAAAAACAAUAAAAGCAACAAUGCCAAGCAAUCAGCUGCAGCAGGCGUGAGUUCCAAAUUGAGCAAGUUGACCAAUGCGAGUGUGAACAGCUCGGCUUCUACGAAUGGUCACGCUUGCGACUUGGAUUGCGGCACGGAGGGCGUAUGCGAACGUAUGGACGACACUAACAAAUGCCUUUGUCCCUUCGGUAAAAGCGGUGAGAGCUGCUUGGAAGAAAUCAAAAUCCGCACGCCGAAGUUUUCCAAGCAUUCGUGGUUAGCUUUUCCGGCACUCAGGGGUGCCUAUAAACACGUGCAGAUACGAGUUGAAUUUCGACCAGAGUCAUUCGAUGGCAUAAUACUACUAAGCGGUGAGAGGGAUGAUCUAACCGGAGAUUUUAUGGCGCUUCUAUUGAAUAAAGGAUUCGUUGAAUUUUGGUUUGAUUGUGGUUCAGGCGUAGGCAGUGUUCGUUCACGUGAGACCAUAUUGUUGAAUGAGUGGAACUCGGUGAUAAUUUAUCGUCACCGUUGGGAUGCGUGGUUGGUAUUGAACCAUGGCACCAAAGUGCAGGGACGUUCUAAUGGACUCUUUUCCCGUAUAACCUUCCGAGAACCGGUCUUUCUUGGCGGUACUGGCAACAUUACGGGCUUAACAAAACGUUUACCCGUUUAUAAUGGAUUUAUCGGCUGCAUAAGACGCUUUGUGGCAAACGAACAUGAGUACAAGUUCGAGGAACAUCCAUUGGGAGAUGUCAACAAGGGUUUUGACAUACAGGACUGUGUAACUGACAAAUGCUUCACGUAUCCUUGUCAACAUGGCGGCAAGUGUUUGCCCUCAGACCAGGGCGCUGUUUGUCUCUGUCCUAUAGGCUUCGUGGGCGAUCUUUGCGAAAUACGCAUGGAUCUUCAGGUACCCGCUUUUAACGGUUCGUCCUUCCUGCGUUAUGCGCCACUUGGCGAUAGUGCGCUUAUUUGGUUGGAAUUGAAGGUUAUAUUGAAAGCUGAACAACCCGAUGGUCUAAUAUUAUAUUCGGGUUCGGAGAAACAUGGCGACUUUAUCGCCUUAUCACUAAGUGGUGGUUUUGUUGAGUUUGUCUUUGAUCUUGGCAGCGGACCAGCUAUUGUUAGGAGCGAGUACCCGUUAGCGAUUGGACAAUGGCAUACGGUAAAAGUGUCACGUACCGCUCGGUUAGCGGUUUUGAAGGUCGAUACAUAUCCCGAAGUAAUGACAAUCUCAUCAAACGGUUUCUGGCAUCUCUCACUGCCUGAAAAUAUAUUUUUGGGUGGCGUGAAUCACGAAGAUAAACUACCUUUGGAUCUGAAAUCGAAAGCGUUUUUCGUGGGAUGUAUACAAAAGAUCGACAUCAAUGGGCAUUCGCUAUCGAUUAUUUCGGAAGCUUUAGGCGGCACCAACAUCGGAAAUUGCCCGCAUGCUUGCGUGGCUAGACCCUGUGGACCGCUUGCCGAAUGUAUACCACAAAUGGAGAGUUAUGAAUGUCGUUGCAAUGCUUUCAGUACGCAAUGCAAUAUGGCCGCCGAGGUGCCAAUCGAAGAGUUACAAAAGAAUAAAGCGAAGAAAAAGGAUAAUAAAGAGAAAUACAAAAUUAAUGGUAAACAUACAGCACAUAUGGCCAAGCAUACCAAGGAGGGUGGACACGCAAAAUUGCAUAUGAGUAAAGUGCCUAUGAAAAGUAUAAAAGCCCCCAAAACUUACCACACCACCAUCAGUCCGCCAUUAACGGAGCGGCCUGCGUCUACAAGUCACAGACGCAUGGAACAUGGUAGCCAUCAUAUGGAGACAUGGGAACCGCUACCGCUGGAUGAAGAUGUGGUUGAGAAGACAGACGAUGAUAUAAUAUAUCGAGAUGCACGUCGUCUGGAUGAACAAAACUACUAUAACGAAGCACCGUUACACCGCAAACAUAACAAAGAAAAGCGUAAAGAGAAACAGGCAACAAAGGAAAGUGAAUUAUGGUCGACGAAACCUAGUGAUAAUUCCAAGGUCCGCGGUAAGGAUGAUCACGAGCACAAAAGCGCUUACAAUUUUAAACUAAGUCGAUUGCCGACUCACUACGAAAGCUUUCAAACGAACCCUGAAAUAGACAUACUGACAUUCGAUGAUAAUGUCGAAGUGGAAAUCGGUGUGGAACAAGACAAGGAUUACGAGCAGUCGCAAGAUGUGAAACAGAGAAAUGGUAACGACAACAACAAUGACAUAGGAUCGACGCAGGAUAUUUUCAAGGGAGAUGAUAUCGACAGUAUUCCUCUAGCUUGGAAGACUGAUGAGCAAGCUGACGAUCGGCGGCACGCGCACGAUGCUAUGAACGAAGAAACAAAAUCCGAACCAUUUUUCGUGGACGAUUUACUAUUCGACACCAAAAGUGACGGCAAUCAAGAUUAUCAUCGCAAGGAGCUGGUGCAGGAUAUGCGACGCAUACUUGCCAAUGGUCCCGAGAAUACAUCCAAUAACAAAGCGUUGAAGUUAGUAGUAGAUGAAUACGAUUAUGAAAAUGACGAUAGCAGUCCAGAAGACCCAACGAAAUCAAAUCUAGAUAAUAAAAAUAGUGAUAACAGCACUUUUAGCAUGUCUUCUGAAUUCGACGCUGAAUUUAGUGAAGUGAAUGAUGACAUACUCGAACCGGUGCAAACUGUCGUGGAGGAAAAAUCGACUACACUCGCGCAACAUAAACCGUCCCCCACAAUUGACACCCAAACGGACUGGAGUCUGUUGAAGAAAAUGAAAUUACCGGCGGAUCAUCAGAGUCAAUUCGUUGGAGUACGCAAAAAUUUCGGUGCUUGCUUUGCCGGCGAAGACAGCUACUUUCAUUACAACGAUGCCGAGACGAUGAGUCAGGUUAUAAGCUAUAAUAUAGACUUGAAUUUACGCAUUAAGACACACUCACCGAAUGGCGUUAUACUUUGGACGGGUCGACAAGGGACGACGGAGGAAGAUGCGGACUUUUUAUCUUUGGGAAUUGAAAAUGGUUAUCUACAUUUUCGUUACGAUUUGGGUUCCGGUGAGGUCGAUAUAAAGUUCAACACGAGCAGAGUAAGCGACGGUCUUUGGCAUCGCGUUCGUGCAUUCAGAGACUCACAAGCUGGCUAUUUGGAAAUUGAUGGCAGAAAAACAACAACACAAUAUUCGCCGGGCAAAUUAAAGCAGUUGAACACAGACACGGGACUUUAUGUCGGUGGCAUCCCCAACACAAUCUAUUUCACACGACGAAAAUAUGCUAAUGGCAUUGUCGGCUGUAUUUCCGAGAUCGUGUUGGCUGGCGAAUUGAAAUUGAAUUUCGAUCCGAAUACGCUGGGGACGGCACACAAUGUCGAAACGGGAUUACUUUGAAAUACCGUUAUAAAAACGUAUCAACAACCGUCAAUACUACUGACAUUAGUUUAAUAUACUGUUUGGUUUGUUAGAGCAGUGAGUACUUUUUCGGUUUGUACAAAGAGAUGAUUUUACACAUACAAAGGGUAGAAAACGUUGAAGAAAGAAAGAAAUAAAUCUAAAUUAGUUAAACUUAGAAGGUAGCUAAUAUGUAUACAUGUAUACUAUAAAUAUAUACACACACAAACAGAGAGACACAAAUUUGCAGCAGCAAAAAUUACGCAUAAAUAACGUACAUACAUACAUACAUACACACAGACAUAAUAUAUAUAUACAUCUAUAUAUAUAAAUAUAUAUUUUAAAUAAUGCUUCAACUAAGCCUGUGACUGUCAAUAUUUAAAUACAAAAUAAAUUAAUGAAAAAAAAAAUAAAAAAAAAACUAUUGUAACAAAAAUGUAUGCAGAACACCACACAAAAUAUUAUAGUAUAAAAAAUACAAAUAAAAAUUAAAAUAAAAAAAAUUAAAGAAAAACUAAACCAAACCAGCGUAAUGAACUUAAGAAGGCUAAUUUGCAUCGCAUUUUUCUACAAAAACCAGCAAAUUUAACAAAAACAAAAACAUAUUGCAAAAACAAAACAAAAACCGUGAAAGUAGGGUUAGUUGUACUGAGUGUUAAGCUUGAAUUCUCAAAAAAUUCAUUCAUGUCACGUAAACGUAAGCAAAAAACCAGGGGCAAACGAUUGCUAGAAGUACAGUGAAGCGCGAAGAAAAUGCAGCAACACAUAAUAAAUGAAAGAAUAUAAUAAUAAUGCAUACAUACAGACAACAUACGCAUAUAUAUGCACAUAUGUAUAUUCGUCUGUAUGCAAACUUGUAUAACUGUAUACUAUAUAUAAGCAUUAUAAUGUAGUGUAGAUAUUGGUGUUAACACAAAUACUCUCAAACACACAUACAAACAUACAUAUGAACGUCUGCUACAGAAGAAACGAUAAUUUAUUUGGUGUUGUAGUGGUAAUUGUAAGUUAACUUUAAACUCACAAAAACAAAACUAUGUAUGAAACUUGCAGAUGUGCAAAUACGAUAUCAUUUAUAUGUUUAAGAGAUGGUAAAUAGAAACGAAAAAAUAAAUAAAUAUAUAUUAAAUGAAAAAUAAAAAAACAAAAAAUAUAUAAGAAGAGAAAAAUAACUAAGCAAAAUGCAAAAAAAAAAAAACACUUUUUAUAGCGAAAUUUUGAAAAUUUUUAAAUUGUAUUAACACAAACAAACAACAAAAAAGCAUAAUAUGACAUUUGCAUAUGCAAACUAUGUAUUUAUCAACAACAAAAAAUAAAACAAGCAAACAACAACAACAAUUAGUGCGAAACUUACACGCUUUACAUGAAUAUAUGUGUAUGUACUAUUUAGGAUAUGUCUCACAUAUGUAUAUGCUAACAGCCACUAGCUAAACAACACAAGCCAAGUGUAAUCAAGCGUUUUCAAAAGCAAACAAAAUAUAUAUAAAUAAAAAACAAAAAAAAAAAUCACAAACACACUCAUACACACAUACAAAAUAGUAAAUAUGUAUAUACAUACAGACAGACAUGCAUAAAUUCAUAAAUACAUACUACAAUUUUUGAAACCCACUUUUACUUAUUUCUCCAGCAAACAUAUCAAAUUUGUUCAUAGAAAGUCAGCGCAUUUACUUCACUUGCUUGUGAAAUUUUUUAAUUAAUUUAAUUUAUAUAAACAGUUAGUUUUUUGAUUAUUUUUAUACUAAAUAAGACAUUAAUUUUCCAAUAAUCCCAUUUUUUCUAAGUAACUGUCAUUAGGAUGUGCAUUUUUGCAAAUUAAAUUUUUCUAACCAAAAAAAUAUAUUAAUUUAAAUAAAAAAAUGUUUGAAACCAAUUUUAUGAUAUGCAAAUAUUUUUAUAAACAAUUAUGGGCGAUAUGGCAACCAUUUUUUCUUUUUUAAAAACUUUCUUAUGUUAAAAUAAAUAUUAUUAAAUAAUAACAAAUUACAUAUCCUUUUGAACAGUUACAUAUAUAGAUGCAGCUUUAAAUUUAUCGAGAAAAGAAAAUUAAUAUUUUUUUCGGAAAAAUUUUAUGUCACUUAAAAAGUUACUGAUUUAUCAUGUGCGACCAGAUAUUAUAAAUCUGCAUACCAAAGUUUUAAUUUCUUUUUAUCUUUUCAUCACAUAUCCAUUUUUAUCAAAUACAUACGCCUGUCCAUUUCCCAAGUCAAUUAAGUGAAUUUGUCAAUUAAUCGGAUAUCAAUUAAGUGCUUUCGCUUAUAUGCAACGAAUUGAAAAAUUUUACUUUCAUUUUAAAUUAAAAAAUUAUAAAUUCCAGUGGAACAUCUCUAACUCGAAUCACGAUAAUCCACCAAAAAACUUCGAGUUAAAGAGACUUUAAGUUAUACAAUAUUCCCUAUAACAUACGAUUUUUCAAAAAGCCAAUUCAAGAGUUCGAGUUUUUUCGAGAAUUUGAGUAAAAGAAGUUUGAGUUAUGGAAGUUCCACUGUAUUGAAAAUUUCUCAACACAAAAUUAAUUUCAAUUUAAAUUUUACCAGUUUCGUUCGAAAUAUUUUCUUACACAGCAGCGCACAUGUGGUCAAAAUAGUAGUUUAACUGAUCAAAAUUCUAAAGUCAUUACAUUAAAUUUCUUUUUUUUUAGUUUCAUAAAAUUAUUUCGUAGAUAUUACGUCCGUCCUAGAAAUAGUGAGCGAGCAGAAUUAAUUAUUGUAAAAUGAAAAUUGUUUUCAAUGUUUUUUUCACAAAUUAUAUGCUGGUAUCUUGAUAAAUCAUUGGGUAUUUGAAUUGAAUUUGGGUAUUUUGAAUAUUUCGUUAAAAAAGUUACACAACAUUAUUUCUAUUAUUAUUAAAUUUAAAGCUAGAAACUUCUUUCGAUUUUUAUUGGUGUACAAAGUCAUUGACUUUUGGAAUUUUCAGCCUAAAAUUAAAAAAAAUUAAUUUAAAAAAAUUUUAUUAAAUGUUCACUAUUGCAUCACAUUAACACGUCCACUAAAAACACUUUCUGUUAUUGAAAAAAUAGUUUUUAAAUUUUUUAUUAAAAAUACAACCCUGAAGUCUACUAUAAUUUAUUCACUCCUUCAUCAUACUGCAUUUUAAAACAUUUUUUAUUUACACAUCUUUGUUAAAAAAAAAAGAAAACACAACUAAAAAGCUUUACUGUCCAUGUAACUAAUUGAUUUAUCAAAAAUUAUCGCAAUAAUAUUUAACAAAACCAAAAAACGCAAACAAUAUGUGCAAAACAAUCUAGUAGCAAAAAUGCGUAUUUAUUGAUUGUAUACACCGAAUGAAGCAAACAAAUAAAUACAGAUAAAUGAAUUGAUGCCUAUGAA